AUGUCGACCACCGUGGAAAAGAUUAAGGAGAUUGAGUCCGAGAUGGCAAGGACGCAGAAGAACAAGGCAACAUCCUUCCAUCUCGGCCAGUUGAAGGCCAAGCUCGCCAAACUUAAGCGUGAGCUCCUCACGCCGAGCGGAGGCGGAGGCGGCGGCGGCGGCACAGGAUUCGACGUCGCGAGGACGGGCGUCGCUAGUAUCGGGUUCAUUGGGUUCCCGUCCGUGGGGAAGAGCACGCUUAUGAGCCGGUUGACGGGGCAGCAUUCCGAGGCAGCUGCGUAUGAGUUUACCACGUUGACGUCGGUGCCCGGACAGGUUGUUUAUAAUGGCGCUCCGCUGCAAAUCAUCGAUUUGCCUGGUAUCAUUGAGGGUGCCAAGGACGGCCGCGGUCGAGGUCGGCAGGUCAUUGCCGUGGCCAAAACCUGCCACCUCAUCUUCAUCGUUCUCGACGUCAACAAGCCCCUCACAGACAAGCGCGUCAUCGAGGCCGAGCUGGAAGGGUUCGGGAUCCGAAUCAACAAAGAGCCGCCAAACAUCACGUUCAAGAAGAAGGACAAAGGUGGCCUGAACAUUACAAGCACAGUGCCCCUGACACAUAUCGAUAACGACGAAAUCAAGGCUGUUAUGAGCGAGUACAGAAUCAACUCUGCGGAUAUUACGAUCCGCUGCGAUGCUACCGUGGACGACCUGAUUGAUGUCCUCGAGGCCAAGAGUCGAGCUUACAUCCCUGUGAUUUACUGCCUGAACAAAAUCGAUGCCAUCUCCAUCGAAGAACUCGAUCUUCUCUAUCGCAUUCCCAACGCCGUCCCUAUUAGCUCCGAACAUGGCUGGAACAUCGACGAGUUAAUGGAAUCCAUGUGGGAGAAACUCAAUCUCAAGCGCGUCUAUACAAAACCCAAGGGUAGACAACCUGAUUACUCUGCACCUGUGGUAUUACGAUCAAACCGAUCUACCGUUGAGGAUUUUUGCAACGCCAUUCAUAGGACCAUUGUAGAACAGUUCAAAACGGCUAUUGUAUAUGGUAAAUCCGUGAAACAUCAGCCACAACGAGUAGGACUGGCACAUGAAUUGGAAGAUGAAGACGUUGGUAAGUCCACAACCCAUCGUUUUGGCCUCUUGAUGCACACCAUCUACACAAUCAAAACUCUUCGAAGGGGAAUUACGGCCAUUGCCAGACGCGUAACUGGGCAAAUGAGAAAGCUGCCGGCGAUUCGGCGCCAUGUCUGUCUUUUUUAUGGGACGCAGGUGCUUGGUCUCUCUGCCCUGGUUUUCAGCUCUGCUAAUGGCCGUCUCCCACACCUCAAAUAG